CCCGUGAAGGAGAAACCGCGGAAGAUUCCAUUACUCCUCUCGCACUGGGACUCGAUCGAUAUGACGUGUAAACUGGAUGGUCCCUUGAGCCUCCAAGACUCGCUAAACGGUUCCAUCCAAAUGAUGGAUGUCGAUACCGGCCAAUCGAAUUCGCCGUCCAAGUCUCCGUUUGAGACAUCAGCCAAUCAACGAAGCGCUGCUCACUCACCAGCCACUGCCAACGCCGACUCCGCCCACAUGAUGAACGGUGACCUCAACAUCGACGAGCUUGCCAACGUGAAGAAUUUGAAAGAAUCAGAGGUCCUGGUCCGGACGAAAGAGAUAGUGAAGGUUUUGGCAGGUCUCGACACGUACGAGAAUGGUCUGGGGAUGAAGCUUGUUAAGUCCCUGGGCGAUACGUACUGGGGAUAUCGACCGCAUAGGAAAAAAAUCGGGGAUAGCAUGGCGGAGGCAGGAUUUGGCGAGGUUGCUAUGAAGAUGCUAAAAUCGCUAAAUGCCAAAGGAAUAUUCAAGACUGACUCUAUAUGGUUCCCCGCUUAUUACACACUUAACACGCUUUGGAACUUUACUGACGCGAGUCUACGACUGGCUAAGACGGUAGCUGAAUCAGACGGAGUUCGUUUCUUCACGGUAAACUGUAGUCAUGAACCUUUCCUCACUAACCUCGACAAUAAGAAUGUCUACUACAUUGUCAAGUCUUCCAUGAGUAUCAUACACAACAUUGCCCGGAACCCGGAUGUCAUACAUUUUUUCAAAGAGAACAAAACAACAGACGUGAUGCUAAAGUUCGUCAGGUCAUACGAAGAGCACGAGAUGCUGAAGAUAAUGGCAAUGUUAACGUUGUCACACAUAGUGGAAGAGGAAGAGAACGACAAACUCAUGGACGACACAGGCUCCAUAGAGGGAACCAUUAAGUAUAUAGACAAGGCUAUAGAAGACGAGCGCCGGAGGUACCGAGGUUUUACUCCUCAGGAACUCAUGGAUGGACUCGGCAAACUGGCCGUCAACGACAACAACAAAAAGAAGAUCGUCGAGGCUGGCGCACUUCCGGUCUUUAUGAAGAUGUUGAAGAGUGAUUCAGCGGAGGAGCAAACAGUAACUGCGCGCGCAAUCUGGACAUUGUCGUUCGACAAAGAAGUGAGUCAAAAAAUUGUGGAGCACCCGGAUAUGAUGACGUCACUCGAAAAACUCAGGGAAAGCAGUGAUAGCGACGUUAGGAAAAAUGUGAACGGGGCACUGUUUGUACUAAAGGGAGAGAAUGACGUAUCUAGACGGCCAAGAUCAGGGAAGAAAAAUAAAGGCCACGUCUUCAUCAGCUAUUCUUGGAAUGAAAAGGAAAUUGUACUGAAGAUAAGAGAACGAUUAAAGGCUGAAGGUGUGGAGGUGUGGAUAGACAUUGAGAGGAUGGGAGGAUCCACUCUGACGGCCAUGGCAGAAGCAGUGGAGAACGCUGCCGUCGUCCUACUGUGUAUGUCUGAGAAGUACAAACAGAGUCCCAACUGUAGACUUGAGGCAGAGUACACGUUCCAGCUAAGAAAGGACUAUAUUCCGCUUAUGAUGCAGAAGAAAUACAGGCCGGAUGGUUGGCUAGGAGCCAUUCUCGGAGCGAAGCUUUACUUCGACUUUAGUGGGAAAUAUCCCUUCGAAAAACCGUGGAAUGGGCUGCAAAAGGAACUUAGGGGGAUAGGGAGACUUUCCACGCCAUCUGCCACUCCAGGAAAAGAUGUGACAGAUGGUCCUAUAAUGGCCACUUCAGCGUGUACCGCAGCCUCCUCGCCCGGCAGUCUGUCUACCUCCUCACACGCCCACAAGAUGACGACAGAGGACGUCGGUAACUGGCUGUGUCAGGUCAAACUUGACGGAUGUGUUCCGUCGCUGGCUCAGUUUGACGGGAAGUUACUGGUACAGCUACAGAGGAUGAAAGUUGAGGCGCCCGAAUUCUAUUAUGCGUCGCUGGAGAAGAAGUUAAAUAUGAACCUUGUGGAGAUAUUAACAUUUACAGAAGCUCUAGACAAGUUAUAGAACACGUGACCAGGAUAAUAUGGGAACAAUAUAACGUGACACAGAGAUAAAUGACACGUGACGUGACACAAGCGGGAUAUCUUGUGAUCCAGGACACGUGACAAAUGUUUGAAAAUCUCCAGGACAGGGACAUAUCAUUUACCGGUGGCUGAUUAAAGAGUGAUUUAUCCACUGCAGACCAUAAUGGACUCAUCCAGAGCAAUGCAUGGAAGAGUUAAUUAAGUUACAUAAGG